CUCACGAGAACUGUUGCCAACGACGGACGUGUCGGGUUCCCGUCGUAUCCCAAACGUGGCUACAAUCUGAAAAGGAUACGCGAGUUUAUUUCGAGAUCUCAUUCUUGUUAAUCGCUUUUGGAUUAUUGCCGCUCAUUUUGUUACGUAAACUUUAGAACUUGUGAUCUUGUUUAUUAAUAUACUUAAAUGAGUAUUUGCAAAUUGAUCCAAAUAUUUGAUUAUAAAGAGCUUUCUCGUAUCUGCUAAACCUUAUGGCACCAUGGUAACCUCUUUUUGGAGCGUUGGGACUAUUUACACAAUAAACAAAGAUCCGUCUGUGUUUGUUUAUCGAUAGUUAACAGAAACUGAUUACCCUAUCUCGUUUCUAUGAACCUGCACAUGUAGUGAUUCAAAGUUGGGAUCGUUUAAAUAAAAAAUCUGUGUUUUGUGUUUGACUUUCAAACAUGUGUACGUUGUGAAAAUCAUGCUUAUUCCUCAUGGAUAGUGAAGGUCGCUUGGUGUUUUGGAAAACUGGAGUGUGGGAUGGUGGUGCACCUACCUUAAACUGCAACACAUGUAAAAAACGACGUGCUGAAAGGAUGGCGGCCAACGAGCAUCCCCAGGGUGAGCUAAAGAAGCUCUCCGAAGAGAGUCUCACGCGGCAACCGGAAGAGGUGUUCGACAUCAUUUGCAAACUCGGAGAGGGAUCCUAUGGCAGCGUUUACAAGGCACUACACAAAGAGAGCGGCCAAGUGCUGGCCAUCAAGCAGGUCCCAGUGGACACAGACCUUCAGGAGAUCAUCAAAGAGAUCUCCAUCAUGCAGCAGUGCGACAGCCCCUACGUGGUCAAGUACUACGGCAGCUACUUCAAGAACACGGACCUGUGGCUGACAAACGAGCGGACGAUCCAUCUGCUGAUCGUAAUGGAGUACUGCGGCGCCGGUUCAGUAUCAGAUAUAAUGAGGCUUCGGAAGAAGACUCUGUCUGAAGACGAGAUCGCCACCAUUUUGUGUGACACGUUAAAAGGGCUGGAGUACCUCCACAGAAGGAGAAAGAUUCAUCGAGAUAUCAAAGCGGGGAAUAUCCUGCUAAAUACGGAAGGACAUGCGAAACUUGCGGAUUUUGGAGUCGCCGGACAAUUAACUGACACAAUGGCAAAACGCAACACGGUAAUCGGCACUCCGUUCUGGAUGGCGCCAGAGGUGAUCCAGGAGAUCGGAUACGACUGUGUGGCCGACAUCUGGUCUCUAGGCAUCACGGCGCUGGAGAUGGCGGAAGGCAAGCCUCCGUACGGCGACAUCCACCCGAUGCGCGCCAUCUUCAUGAUCCCCACCAAGCCGCCGCCUUCCUUCCGAGAACCGGACCAGUGGUCCCCGGAGUUUAUAGAUUUCGUCAGUCAGUGUCUAGUGAAGAAUCCCGAAGAGCGCGCCACCGCUGAGUUCCUGUUGGCGCACGAGUUUAUCGAGAGCGCGCAGCAGCCGGGCGUGCUCGGCGCCAUGAUCGCGGAGGCGCGCGAGCUGCGCGAGACCCAGCCCUCUCUGCGGCUGUCUGCGCCCGCUGUCGGCGCAGGCGCAGGCGCAGCCGCGGGUGAAGGUUUCGACGACGCGACGAUGAAGAAGCGCUCCGACGGCACCCUGGUGCCCGCGCGCGACGGGUCGCUGUGCGCGUCGCUGGCAGUCGACCUGGGCACCAUGGUCAUCAAUGAACCUGACAAUGACCUGGAUCUAUCUACUAUGAAACGUCACGACACGGGGCGGCCGCGCUACCGGCCGCUGUUCCUCGACCACUUCGAGAAGAAGGAGGUCAACGGCCUCCGCCCCGACGAGCGAGACAACGCGGAAUCGGAGUCCCCUCGUGCGGAGCCGCAGCCGCACGCGGCGCUGCAGCGCGCGCUGAUGGAGGACGGCAACUUCGAAUUCGUAAGUCAACUGCACGUCGUCACUCUGCUCGACUGCCAAAUACACGCGCCGCCUGUCGUGCCUGCCGGUGCCGGAGCUGGAGGCGCGCAUGGCGGCGCUGGACGCGGAGAUGGAGGCGGAGAUCGAGCUGCUGCACCAGCGCUACACGCGCAAGCGGCAGCCCAUCCUCGACGCCAUACACCUCAAGCGCAAACGCCAGCAGAACUUCUAGCUCCACACCACGCUCAACCACGCCUCAUCUCACGUUACUCAAAGAAAUAAUGUUUAUUUAUUCCAUGCUAAUAAUAUAUUUUCGACUAAAAAUACAUUUAUACUGCGGCCGCGCCGUCAUUAUUAUCCGUUAAUUUUCUUGAGGAAGCAAUCAUUUCCAAAAUCAAUCAUAGACAUUGAUCGCAGUAAGAUAGUAAAACUGAUUCUUGUCUUUGUUAAAAUUUGAAAAUAAAAUACACCUCAAGCGCAAGUGAUAGCAGAACUUCUAGCCCCACUGAGAAGAAAACUAACAACACGAAUGUGCUAAUGUAUUUAUUCAAUUCAAAUAAUUUCCGACUAAUGACGUACUUCCAGUGCUAGCGACAGCAGAUCUUCUAGCUGUGCACGAGUGAGAACGACACUUUAUCUCACAUUACUCAGAGAACUAACGGAGAGUUAUUCAAUUUCAAUAGUUUAUUUCCAAUUAAUGGUAAAGACUUAAGGUCUAUACCUGCGCCAGCGCCUGACAUUUGAGAUUUUAUUCCCACUAACAUACCACCUACCUCACUUUGGAUACCCAGUGGAAGUAAUUACAGAUGAGUUAUAAGUUAUCUGUACGUGGCAUCGUAGCAGCCAAACGGCUGAACCGAUUUUUAUCUAGUUUCUUUAUUUUAUUUGAAAUAGUAUUUAAUCGAGUGUAUGUAGAUAUGUUUGAAAAACGUGCGUUCAGUCGUUUGGAAACCGUUGAACUCGUUGAGACGAUGCCAGCAACUUCUGAGUCUGUUUAAUUUUUGUAUACAUAGCAAUACUUUAUUUUUUAAGACAGAAGAACAAGGAUGGAAGAAGAAUGCCUCCAAGGAAUUAACACUAACAUUUAUAUAUUUGUUUGUUGUAACGAGAAGACGUAAACACUCUAGAUCCAUUCGGUGCUUUUGAUUUAUUAUUGGUGGAUAUUUUAAUUUACUGGAAUUUUAGAUGAGCUUACAUUUUCUGUAUUCAAUCAUUUUCUAUGUGCCAAACGGCAAUACGGUUCCUAUAACAACAUUCGCAAUACUGGCCUACUUUAAAACAUCGGCGUCUGGCAUCUGGCAUUUUUAAUAUCUCAAAAAUGAGUUUUAUAGGUAUUUUUAUGAUAACAAUACCUAAUGUAAUAAUAAUAACAAUUUGGUUAAUUUGAAGGUAAUGGACAAAAUGACUAAUCAGAUAAACGCGAGUUUUUAUUAUCGUCUCAUCUGUAGGUACAUUAUAACUUGACACGUUCAAAGUUAUCACAAAUAAUUACUAUCGUUUAAUUAAAACAGUUGACUAUUACAGACCAUGGACGUAAAUUUGACAUAAUAUUGUUGGCCAAAACUUCGUGCCAUGGCGAUAUAUACGUGCUCUUUUGAGCAAAAGAUGAAUGCAAAGUGGAUUAUAGUAUAAUCGAAUAGCUUAGGAGCUCAUUUAGGAAUGAGCGUGAAAAUGCGCGUUUUUAUGUUAGUCCACUUUGCCAAUGGGGCUGUUGACAAGGAGUACAUCUCCUAUAUAGAUUAGUUUUAAUAUAGGUUGUUACUGUAGAGUAAUUUAAGUUUAGUUUUAAGGACAUUAAUACAUAUCCCUGUAGUGCAUUGACGGUGAUUCUGGGAGACGGAUAUGAAAUAUGAUUUAAAUUAUAUAAUUUAAGGUACACAAUAACAGAAAGAGAGCUUUUAUUAGCAUCUUACCUUAAUGUUUCAUCAUCAUUAUUAUUAUUUCUUCGCCCAGAAUUAUGACUAUAUUUUCUCUCUUAUAAAUCAAUGAAUUAGCGUGCAAUGAAGUAGAUUUAGUUCAACAUUCAAACAAAUUUAUACGUAAAUGUGUGUAUGAUGAAAGGAAAUAUAGUUUUCAUCGUCGCGUAGUAUCGAAUUCAUGACAAUAUAAUUUGUAGGUAGGGAUCUUAUACAUUUAAAUUAGUCAAUUUCAGUUUUUUUACUGGCCCCAGUACACAUAGUACCUUAUGGUCUUGCAAUAAAGUAUAAAAUUGGUAGCAGACGACCUCGGUGGCGCAGUGGUAAAGUGCUUGCCUCUGAACCGAGAGGUCCCGGGUUCGAUCCCCGGUCGGGUCAUGAUGGAAAAUGAACUUUUUCUGUUUGGCCCGUGUCUUGGAUGUUUAUCUAUAUAUGUAUUUGUUAUAAAAUAUAGUAUCGUUGAGUUAGUAUCCCAUAACACAAGUCUCAAACUUACUUUGGGGCUAGCUCAAUCUGUGCGAUUUGUCCUAAUAUAUUUAUUUAUUUAUUUUGUUUUUCUAGUUACCGUAUUUGCAAUAGUUCUCACAUGUUCCAAACCUGGGUGUCGAUUCUGCAAAUGUUAAAUCAAAUAGUGUCUCAAUGGAUUUUUAAUUGUAGAUCUUUUCGUACAUUACACGCAACUACUAAAACCUAUUGAUACACCAAGCUAUUGUUAGCAGAAUCGAAUUGGUCUUAUGUGUACUGUUGUGUUAUGGAUAUAUUUAGUUCCUUAUAUUUAGAUCUCAGUUUAUCUCAUAUUGUUGUAUUAUAACUAACCUUGUAAGAUUUCACUCAAUUGUAAAUUUCGAAUUCUGUAGUGGGUUGUGAGAAUGAAUUUACGAAUUGACCUGUGGCCCUAUUAUCCUAAAUUUUAGGACCUUAAAUGAUUACAAAUUAUUUACAUAUUAUUAAAUUUCUACGAUGGCAAGUAUAAAGUCAAAUAUGCCAUAUACCUCCAUAUAUUUCAUACUUGACACAAAUCCUAAGAUAAAAUUUGAAAUCAAAACGAAAGAAGAACUCUGAAUUUUGCUUAACAAACUCCUUAUAACGUCUACUAUUCUGGCUAUGUAUUUGACAUUAGACGUGCAAAUAAAUGAACAUAUAUUCAUCGUUUCAUAUUAUACGACUUAAAUGCAUUUCUAUAUGGGCUUGGAAGAUUGAAGCAGUUUGGUUUGUGUGUGAAUACGCUAAGUGGCUUCGAGAGAGUGACUAAAUUUCAGUUUACUUGUCAAAAACGAGUCUGGACCUAUCGACAUCUCUUUCACACAAAUUAAUUCGUAUACAAGAAGAACGAGAGAGAGGUCUAGGUCAACGUUCGCUCUUGACAUUUAAUUUAGCAUUUAGUAAAAUGUAUUUUGCUAUAGUAAAUAGAUAUUUAGCUUUCCCUCUAAAUUGUAAAAUAUUCAAAUAUAAAAUUUUAGAAGUGCCAUUAACUAUAACAUAAUAUUUUCGUACUUCAAGCUUUGUAACUUAUCGCUCAGUUGUAUGAACGGAUUUUCGAGUUAAUGACACUUACUCUUGCUACUGAUGUCAACAGUACGAGAAUUGUCGUUAAUUUUAAAAUAUGUUUCUAAAACUGAGCGCAAAUCUUUCUUCGUAGGCAUUUUAAAGAGAUUAUAUGCGAAAUAUAUUUUAGUUUCGUGCCAUGAUCGGAAAUCUUGUAGCGAGAUGUGGUGAGAAUAUUUUUUUAAGAUAUUGUAAAUUGAAACAAAUUGACAUCGUAUAAAGCCAUAUUUAUUGUAACAAAUAUUUUUUGUAAUUUAUUAACAAUAUAAUGGGCUAGCGGCCGUGAUGAACCACUGGCUAUAACGAAAAUGAGGAAUCGGCCUAUGCGUACAUUGGAGUAUUUUUCGUUUAUAGAUAUUUCAACUUUUUUUGUGUGCAUUGCAUUGUUGUAUAUACGAGUAAAAUGAACACAAGGUAUAGUAACCAUCUUUAUUCACAGCGUAAUACAAGUUUACACUCUUACCGUAAGAAAAUGCGCUUAUCGUUUGGCAAUGUCAGAAUCCAAACAGCAUUGUGACACGCAUGGUGUAUUUUCUCAAAUAAAAAGAAAUAAAAAUACGACAAAACGUGUCGUUUAUCAGUUUUGUUACAAAAACAGUGUUUUGUUUUGUUAAACACACAAGGACAAGUUGAAAUAUCUGUACACAUGAACAGGGUAAAAAUUAAAUGAUACGUAUAAAUUGCUUAGCUACAACGCUUAACGUUACGUCCCUGCUAAUUUACAAUAUUGGAGUGGUAUUUAUAGAAGUGAAAAUUGAGACUGGAGGUAAAUUAAGAUUAAUGGGUGAUGUGAAAUAAUGACUGAACAAGUAUUGUUACAUCUACCGAAUGUAGUCAAUAACUUAAUUUAGGACAUCAACCAUCUCGAGUGUAUUAGCAAAAAUGUCUGAAACGUACUGAUCUGACCAUAUUAGUUUUUCGUUGAAACUACAGCUUCAAGGUUAUUUUUUUUACUAGGUCACAAAACACGUGGUAAAGAUAAAUUAAUGCAAUUUUUCUUUAAUAUUAUCUUACAAAGUUUAUUGUUUUCGUUGUGGUCAAUGGUCUGGACCAGAUGUUCCUCCAGCACAGGCUUUUAGGGAAAUCCAGAUUCAUUGUAGGAUAUGAUCAUAUCAGUGCGUUUUCACCUUAGACAAGAGAAAACUAUAGAUAGUCAUAUCUUGUAUUUCACUCAUACAAGAACGAGAAACGUGUGUUAGUAAUACAUAAGGAGAAACGGGACAGAGCAGUUCAAUUUAGGUAACAAGGGUAGCCUGUCGUGUUCUGCCGGAUAGUUUCUAUCUCAUGUGGCUACGCUAACCACUUGUCUAUAGUUUUCUUUGUCUUUGAUUUUCAUCAAAAAGUUGACGUGUUGUUGCCUUGUCGUCGACGUUCGUUAGUUGUUGACGUCAACGCUCUUUGUAUUUGUAAUAAAGUCCGGUGGCACACGUAUGUACUCUGUAUAGGAUUCGAGCGAAAUAGGUGAUGGAGUAUCCUUUUAGGAUGUGAUAGAUUUGGUCCAAAGAUAUAGAUAUAAGUUGUUUUGGUUAUAUUUUUUAAAUGUGUCUUUUAGUUGAGGCAUUGUCAUAUUUUAUUUUCAAGCAAUUUCUUUUUGUCUUUUAAAUAUUCUGUCCAAACGAAAUCUCUAGAAGAAAAAGAUCACAGCCGACUUAUACGGCACCGCACCAACCCGACAAUUGUUCAUAGAAAAGUAAGCUUUGGUGCCUUGUCUGUAGACAUGUUAUACAUUGUCGUGAUCUUACAGGGAGCUGUCUACCAACUUGCUAAUGUAAAGUGUGUCUACAGUGGACGCCGUAAAGCUCACAUUUCAAUGAAGAUUUUGCAAUGUCAUUUAAAUAAUUUCUAAUGUUUUGUCUAUGGUUUGUACAUACGUGUGCCUUCGGAAUCCUGUACAGUUUGUUGUAGUGAGCACCGUGGGUAGCCUGUUGACGUGUUGAUAGCUGUGCGCAUUAUAUUUUUUGAUAGAUUCACUGAUUAAAACAUAAAACUAAA